AGGAUAACCCAGUAUUUAGAUAUAGAGAGUUAUAUAAAACGAUUUAUACGCUGUCAUGGUAAAUUGGCAAUGCGUUCACGCGAAGAAGACUAUCGCAGGAAGUCGCAUCGGCGACGUAGUCGGAGCCCAUACGAUGACAGACAUAAACAUUCAAGGAGGCGCUCGGUUUCACGAUCCAGUGAAAGAGAAGAAUAUAGGAAAGAUAAACACGGAAGACGACAUCUAGAUUCAGUAGAUAGUUCCACUGCAAAGAGGUAUUCAAGGUCACACCGAUCAACUUCGCGAGAUAGAUAUAAACGCAAAGAAAGGAGUAGCAGUUCACAUGAUAGAAGGGAUAAACGCCAUGAUAGUCACGCGUCGCGUGAUGAGCGCAAGAAUGCGCUGCAUUUAACAGCACCGACAUCAUCCAAAGCAGAUGAUCCUAGACAUAAAAGCACAUCUAGCAAUGCUGAUACCGGAAAAACAAAUCCACAAACGUCUAAAGAACCAGCGGUUGUUACAAAACUUGAUAGAUUGGCAAGAUUCAAAAAAUUAGCGGAAGAAAAGAAGUUACAAGCAAAACAGACGGGUAUAACCUCAGAAGCUAGUAAAGGUGUUACAUUGAAGCUAUCUGAAUCUAAAUAUAAAAAAGUGGAAACAAAAGCAUUGGAAAGUAUAUUCCACGAUACUAACGAUACCCUGGACAACGAAAAGAACCCAUUGGAUACAUCGGAUAUCGGCGAUGUAGACCCCUUGGAAUUCUAUAUGCAGAAUAUAUUGAAAGAAAGUGAAAAGGAUAUACAACAGGUACAACUAGAUCCCAUUAUAGACCCUAACGCUAUAGACCACUCUGAUGUAGGUAAAUCAGUGACCCUAGAUGAAAUAAUGGCAAUGUCCCAUGAAGAGGAACAGACUGAUGAACAACAGGAAAAGGAAUUUGUUUCAGUACUAAGACGAAAAACACGAAAAGAUGUUAAAAAAGAAGGUCAUGACGAUGGUGUUAUAUCCAGUGAUGAGGAUAAACCCGAACCUAACUCUAAUGUGGAUUACUCAGAACUGUUCAAAGGGACCACCAGAAGCCGCAUUGAAAUGCCCAAAGUGGACCACUCUACAAUAGAUUACCAGCCUUUUAAGAAGAAUUUCUACGUACAAAUAUCGGCAAUCACCGCAAUGAAAGAACAUGAAGUUGAGGCAUUUAGGAAGGCUAACGGAAAUAUAAGGGUAAGAGGUAAAUAUUGCCCAAGACCCAUAUAUAAUUUCUCACAAUGCGGAUUGCCAGAUCCUAUACUCUCACUAUUACAACGGAGAAAUUAUGAAAAACCGUUUCCAAUACAAAUGCAAUGCAUACCUGCGCUAAUGUGUGGAAGAGAUGUUCUCGCCAUUGCAGAAACGGGAUCCGGUAAAACAAUGGCAUACCUGCUGCCUGCAAUAAGACAUGUACUGUACCAACCCAAGUUAAGAGAAAAUGAAGGAAUGAUCGUACUCAUUAUCGCACCCACCAGGGAACUGGCAAGCCAAAUAGGAGUUGAAAGCUCUAAGUUGUGCAAGCUGGUAGGAAUAAGAACUAAAGCUGUGUACGGAGGAUCGCCCAUAGGAGAGCAGUUAAACGCACUGAAAAGAGGAGUUGAAAUAGUAUGCGGUACACCGGGAAGACUAAUUGAGGUACUCACGAUCAGUAACGGUAAAGUCACCAACCUAAGAAGAGUUACUUUCGUAGUAAUCGACGAAGCCGAUCGCAUGUUUGAUCUAGGGUUCAGCCCACAGAUAUCGGCAAUAGUAGAUAAUAUAAGACCAGAUAGGCAAACUGCACUCUUCUCUGCAACAUUCCCACCAACCAUUGAAGCACUGGCCAAAAAGAUUUUAACUAAACCCUUGCAAAUCAUCGUGGGAGAAUCUGGAAAAAGUGCAUCACAAGUAGACCAACAUGUGAUGGUACUGCCAGAGAGACAGAAAAUGUACGCACUACUGAAAUUACUAGGAGAAUGGCAUGAACACGGGAGUAUAAUAGUCUUUGUCAAUAGACAAUUGGAUGCAGAUAGCAUGUACGCAGAAUUGAUAAAGCAUGGAUAUGACUGCGCAGUACUGCACGGAGGACAGGACCAAACAGAUCGAGAAUUUACAUUGCAAGAUUUCAGAGAUGGAACUAAAGGAAUACUAAUUGCAACCUCAAUCGCAGCACGAGGGAUCGAUGUCAAAAACGUUGUACUAGUCAUCAACUACGCGACGCCAGACCAUAUCGAAGACUACGUACACAGAGUCGGUAGAACCGGCAGAGCAGGUAAUAUAGGAACCAGCUAUACCUUCAUUACACCAGAAGAAGGAGCAAAGUCACAUGAUAUAAUAAAAGCAAUGAAAGCAUCGAACCAGGUGGUACCAAUUGAACUACAGGAACUGGCAGAAAUGCACCUUGCCACACUAGAUGGAAGACAAAAAGUAAGAUUAGGAGGAGGAUUUGGUGGGAGAGGAUUUAAAUUCACAGAUGCAGAAAAAUCAAGACAGCAGCAAGAACGCCAAUUGGCGUGCAGAGCACUAGGAUUCAAUAACGAGAUUGAUGAAGAGGAAGAAGCGGCACUUACAGAAAAUGUAAGUGGUAUGCCAAGCAUUAAACCGACAAAUCCACUCCAAGCCCCGACUGUACAGACUGCAUCAAAGGAUACGAAAAACCCAUUCGAAAAGCCCAUAGUUACACGCGAGCCCGAACCUAUGAUCAAGGGGUUGACCUGUGCUGGAUAUAUAGACGCCAACACGGGAUACGCCCAUGACGAAUUCGAUAUCAAUUCCUACCCAGAAAUAGUAAGGCAACGCAUCACGAACAAGGAGGUGCUGUCAUACGUAAUGGAACAAACUGGAGUAACGCUACAAAUAAAGGGGAGAUACAUACCCGUAGACCAGGCUACGCGUAACCUCAACGUUGCCGGAGGAACAAAGGGGCUAUACGUUGAGAUAUCAGGACCAAGCGUAGUCAGCGUGCAGUCAGCUUUGAGCGAACUAAGAAAAAUAGUACAAACGGCAGCAGUACCGCAGUAUGGGCAGCCAGCAUUACAAAAGAUGCCAGGAAGAUAUUCCGUGCUAUAGUCACAUUAGAAAUAUAGAUAUAUCAUAUAAUCUAAUGU